AUGAAACGCUGCAUUCCUCUGCUCUGUUUCUGGAGCGCCUAUUGUUGCUUGGCCGCGGGAAGCUCCGCGCCCCUUGGUGCCGAGGGACCGCAGGAAGGUAAACUCCACACAACCACAGAGGGAUGGGCCAUGGCCAAAGCCACUGUGAGGUUUAAUCUCCGUACUUCCAGGGACCCAGAACAUGAAGGCUGCUACCUUUCUGUGGGCCACAGCCAGCCUUUAGCGGACUGCGGUUUCAACAUGACAGCCAAAACCUUCUUCAUCAUUCAUGGAUGGACGAUGAGUGGCAUGCUUGAAAACUGGCUGCAUAAACUUGUGUCAGCCCUACAGACCAGAGAGAGCGACGCCAACGUGGUGGUGGUGAACUGGCUCCCCCUGGCGCACCAGUUGUACACGGAUGCAGUCAAUAACACCAGCAGGGUGGGCCACAGUGUGGCAAGGAUGCUUGACUGGCUGCAGGAGCAAGGCAACUUCUCCCUGGCAAACGUCCACCUUAUUGGCUACAGUCUUGGGGCACACGUGGCUGGGUUUGCUGGCAACUUUGUGAAAGGAACCGUGGGCAGAAUCACAGGUCUGGAUCCUGCUGGGCCCAUGUUUGAAGGUGUGGACAUCCACAAGCGACUCUCCCCAGAUGAUGCUGACUUCGUGGACGUUCUGCACACCUACACGCGUUCCUUCGGCCUCAGCAUCGGUAUUCAGAUGCCCGUGGGCCACAUUGAUAUCUACCCCAAUGGGGGCGACUUCCAGCCGGGCUGCGGCCUCAAUGACGUCUUGGGGUCCGUUGCCUACGGACCAGUCUCGGAGCUGGUGAAGUGUGAGCAUGAGCGAGCCGUCCAUCUCUUUGUCGACUCCCUGGUGAACCAGGAUAAGCCGAGCUUUGCCUUCCAGUGCAGUGACUCCAACCGCUUCAAAAAGGGGAUUUGUCUCAGCUGCAGGAAGAACCGUUGUAACAACAUUGGCUACAAUGCUAAGAAAAUGAGGAACAAGAGAAACAGUAAAAUGUACCUGAAGACCCGGGCAGGCAUGCCUUUCAGAGUUUACCAUUAUCAGAUGAAAAUCCACUUCUUCAGCUACAAGAACAUGGGAGAAAUCGACCCCAACUUUUAUGUCACCCUCUAUGGUACCAACGCUGAGUCCCAGAGUCUACGUUUGGAGAUAGUAGAAAAAUUUGGGCUCAACGCCACCAACACCUUCCUGGUCUACACUGAGGAGGACUUGGGAGACCUCUUGAAGAUCAAACUUACCUGGGAGGGGACGUCUCGAUCCUGGUACAACCUGUGGAGGGAGUUUCGCAGCUAUCUGUCCGGAUCCCCUAGACCCGAGCAGGAGUUGAGUAUCAGGCGCAUCCGGGUCAAGUCUGGGGAAACACAGCGGAGACUGACGUUUUGUGCCGAGAACCCCGAGAGCUCCACCAUAUCCCCAGGCCAAGAACUGUGGUUUCACAAGUGUCAGGAUGGCUGGAGAAUGAAAAAUGAAACCAGUCCAACUAUGGAGCUGCCCUGAGGGUGCUGGGACAGCCUUGCCAGUAAGCACCCCAUUCCUGCUGGCCAUGUGCAAGGAGAAAAGUUACUGCUGAGGACCCACCUGAAGAAAGAACCUGCCUCUCGGCCUUGAACUUGGAGUACCAGGAGCAACCUGCCGGCUUGGCCCAUGCUUUCGUACCCCAUGACUGCUGCAACUUCUUGCUUCUGAGGACUGCAUUGCUAUAGACAUUGUGGUUGCUCUAGACCAGCUCUUAAUUCUAACCCUCCCUCCAUGCGGUGUGUGUGCGAAAGAGAGAGUGGCAGGAGGACUGAGGUCUCCUGUGUACUUUGGACAGUUUUCCCAGAAGCUGGGUGAGCUAGGCUUGGCCUGACACUGGAUGUUGGCUCACAGAAGACUCUGUGGGCCACACUGUCAACUUCUUGAUGUGACUUGGGCUUCAGCAACAAGUAUGUCCAUUGGAGUCGACUCAAGUCAAGGUCACUCAGAGAGUGGGUAGUGGGUUCCAACUGCAGCCCAGAUCUUUGCUGACACUGAUCCAUGCUGGUUUAAAACUUAGGCAUUCUGUUCUGUCUACCCCCACCUACACACACACACACACACACACACACACACACACACACUUUGGCUUUCUUAUUUUUCAUUUGUUUGUUUUCUGAUUGAACAAAUGUUUAGGGAACACUGAAGAUUGAUUAGCACUGAAGAUUGAUUAGUGAGAUAGAUGUGUUACUACAGCUCUCCAGGUCCUCUCUCCUAAUUUGUUACUUUGUGGGGGUGGAGUUCCAGAACUUCUUCCAGUUCAGAUGGUGAUGAGCCCAUACACACAUGUGACAGGGCCACAGCCUGAAUGAGGUCCUGAGGUUGUGGGUGGUUUCCACCCACUCUCUUAGUGAUGCAUGUCAUCAACCGCAGGAGAGAUCUGUGAUUAGCAACAGGCUAGCAGGCAGAGCAGUGUAUGUGCUGGGCUCUGUUGUUGGACAUAUUUGUUGAGGUGUGAAAUAUCCUCUGUUUAGGGGGAUGGCAGGUGUUACACAUAUUCCACACAUCUGUUCAAAUUUGUUAACCACAGCUGGAUCAAAGACUUAAUGCAAUAUUUUCCUUGCUUUCUUAUCUUUGCCUAUUCUGUGUUGCACUUCUCAGUCAAACCUCCAAGUCUAGAUUCUGGUGGGAUAUAGACACAAUCUUUGAGAAGUUCUCUUUAUGCUUCUCAGUAGGUCCGCCCAGGCAUCACCCAAGUGGAAGGAGGGCACCAGGGCAACAAUGAUUAACCCAAUUUCACAAAACUGGGGUAUGGGGAAGUGUGGCCACAUGCUGGGAAUUCUAAGUGGAGUUGAGGUGCUGGAACUGAGCAGAGGAUCCAGAGCCUGGAGUCAAAGCUCAUGGUUCUGAAACUUUGUGAAACCAUCCACAGCCCCUUGUCACCAGCAUGUCCUGAUUAUGAGAAAUCAAGACUUGUUUUCAGAGCCAUCGGUACAACCCUGAACCCUUUUAUUAACGUGUAACCAGGAGGACACCUGUGCCAAUGGGCUGGGCUUUUUAGGGGUGAGAUUGAUUUGGGAGGAGAUAUGACAGCAGAUGUGGGAGGGAGAGUGAUUUCCUUUAUACUUUGGCUUUACAAAGACACUAUUUUAACCUGUGCUGUGCCAAAGUUGUAUCAGUGCAUAAUGCCAAACUUCUGCAGACAUUCCUGGUUGAGUUUCAGUUCGAAGUGUGUUCCCAGUGAUGCUGGCUGACUCCUAGGUUUCCUUGACUGUUCUCUCUUCUGAGGGAUGCUUGAGCGGUUGGCUAUGCCUCCUGGUUACUUCCGUUGUUAGUAAUGGAUGAUUUGGGAAGUGACUCCUCAGUGGGUUGUGUAUUUAUACAUUUGACUUGAAGCCUUAUUUGUAUAUAUGAUGCUUUUUUUAAAAAAAACACAGAAGACUAUUUAUUUCUCAAGUGCAUAUAUAAUGUAUAAAAGCAAAUAUAUGGUUCGUUUUUUAUAAGAUUAACCAAUUUUAAGAUUUCAAAGUUUUAAUAUUAAAAUAAUAAAAACCUG